GUUCCCUAGCACCAUUACAUCUACUCUCCGGAUCUGCUGCUUGCUUCGGGCAUCUCUCACGGGCAACACUAGUUCUGGGCAGUUAG